CUAACUCAAAGAUGUGAAGAAUCUGAAGUUGAUCCCAGUUAAAAUUGUAGAAAAUGAUUGUACUUAUAAUUUACAUAAAUAUGUAACAAUCAAACGCACAUGUAUUACUGUCAAUAAAUAUAAAAAUAUAUUAAUCAGUUCGUAAAUUUAUGCAAGUAGCCUUAUCUAUUUUUGUGUAACACUACUAUGUAUGUGUAUGCGUACAUUCUGCAAAACACUUUGCACUCGUUUGUACCACGUAAAGUGCAAGGUUUCGCGCAACAUGGCAUCAAACACGGACCGUGAUUUCACGAUUUAAAAUAAAAAUUGUUUAUUCCGGUAGUUUUAAAUCGUCAUCGUCUGUAAACACUUGUCCGUCCGGAAGUAUUUCCAGUUCGAGUGAUAAUCGUCUCUGUGACAGAAAUUGCAACGUGUUCGGAACAGUUUUUCGUCAUGUUUUAUAAGUGUGGACUGUGAAUUUUAAUUAUUUUCAAAAUGGCAGAUAAUCUUUCGAAACGGCCUCCCAAAGGAAUCUUAAAAUCGUCCAGCAGCUUCGAUAAUCCGGACCUACCCCGGCCAAGCAAAGAGACGAAGUGGGACGAAAUGAAUAUAAUCGCGACGCUGCAUCCUCCAGAGAAAGAUUAUGGUCACAUGAAGAUCGACGAGCCGAAAACCCCAUUUAGCUAUGAAGGUGUGCCAAGUGACUUUGAGUUUGAUCAAUUAGAUUCCACUGCACUUGCCGCCAACUGUUUGAAAAAAAUUCUAGAGAAGCGAAAAGCGUUCGAAGCAAAGAGAAAGCAACAUUACCAAGAGUGGCAGGUAGUGCAAAUGGCUCGAAAACAGUUGCUCGAACAGGACGAAGAAGACGAGGAAGAGGAUGACGAGGAGAACGACGAGAAUGAGGAAGACGAUGAGACUAAAGAUGAGACAACCUCGGUCGUUUCCGAGGAACAAGUCGAUUUCGACGUGAAAUUCAAGUGCAUGCCCACUUGUAACGUGACGAAGGAUAAUAAUAAGUGAUACGGCGAACAGGACAUUUAUAGUAUAGGCAACGUUAUCGAUUGAUCGAUGGAAAUUUCGAAUUCGUUUACAUGUGACAACGGGAUUUUAGUUCGCAUUAAAAUUAUUUAUCAUUGUUGUACAUUUAAUAUAUGAAAGAGAGAAGAUGUCCAUUUUUAGAUCCAUUGAAAUCGUGAUUAAGUCAAUAAAAUUUUUUCUAAUCAACCAUUUUUCGACGAUCGACUUUAUAAACCGGUGUAAUUCAAUUACACAACGAAUGUAGUGUGGAUGUUGACUGAUUAAUUCCGCAAUUAAUCGAAACAAAGAUAUACUCGUAUGAAUAAAUGGCCAAUAAUCAAACAAAUAUUUAUAUGUAAUUAUUUAUAUCUUCAGUGCUUCAAUUACGUUAAUUGCCUGAAAGCUAUUGCCGAGAUCUAAUUAUAUACAUUAUAUAGUACUUGUUGUUAAUUCUGUAGUUGUACAGAUGUCGAGAAUGAUGUGCAUAUAACUUUGAAAAUGAAACGUAGAUAGAUAUUACUAGACGAGAAUCACAGUACUUUGGUGCUAUGCAAAAAGAACUAAUCAGUAAUCAUGAUAACUAUUUAGAUAUUAAUUGAUUUUCUACGUUGUUAAUUAUUUAUUUUCAUGUGAACCAUGUGUAACUAUCAUUGUCAUUUCAUCCUACAAUUUUUUCGAAAAAUUGUACUGAUCAUCUCUGAAAUCUUUUCGCUGAUUUCAUAGUAUUUUACUUAACAAAUAAAUAAUUAAUUAUCUAAUAUAGAAUGCCUUUCACUAUUUACAUUACUCGAUACGAUACGAUAUUUGUAAUUAGUACAAGAACGUUGCUUUCGAUGCUCGCAAUAUAUAAUUGUAAAAAAAUACAUAUUCUCGGAAUAAAAAAAACAGGGUUCCAUAUAAGGUACGUGCAUGACGAAUAAGAGCAGUUUUUAAACUAUAGAAUCUCAUUUCUUAUAGACGUAUUCACGUUGGUAUUCAAGUUUAGGCUUGCCUCGUGUUAGGAAAUUACGUUUGUACAUAAAAUAGAUGGACAUCUUUUAAGCUGCAAGUUAGCCCCAAAAUUUUAUAGUUAUUCGCGUUUCCCAAGUUAUAAGCAAAUAGGUAGGCAAUAGUUUUUCUGUUUCUGUUGGCUUUUCAGUUUAUAAUGGCUUUCAUGCGAAACAUUUAAUAAAUAUGAAUGCUAUGACUAUAACAUUUAAUAUUUUAUAACAUAUUAUAUGUAUCUACUUACAUGACUUGUUUGACACCUGUAACAUGUUCCUCACUCUACUUGAGACGAUAGAACUGUAGAAAGCAUUACUACUCCUUGUCGUUGACUGGAAAGUCCAUAGUGAUUUUCAUUGUUGUAACAAAUUAAAGUACUGUUCACGAAACGUUAUUAUACAGAAAAAUUAUGCACCGUAUCACAGAGGAUAAAGAUUAUUUAUGAACGUUAUUUAUUUUUCGAUGUACAACAGCGAUCAUUAUAAUCUAGAAUUUAGAGUCUAAACAAUCGAAUUUGUUUAUUUUCAACAAUACGUCCCGUAACGAUGGUAGAUAUUUUUGUAGAUCGAACUAAAAAAGACGUUGCUUGUACGAAUUAUAAUUCUGUACUACGUGGCCGAAAGACAAAAUGUAUGUCUAAUUCACCGGAGUUGGAACGACAAUUAUAUGUGCGUAACGUACAAGUUUGAAAAACAUCGCGACUAGAGACGUAGUUAAAAGUUAAAACAGUUACUUAGAGAAGAUGCACUUUGAAAAUGUUCAGAUUGUUCGUAUAAAAUUAAUUUAUACAUUGUCAUUCGACCAGAGGGCUCUCGGAGAAACUAUUAGAAACUUCCGUCGAACGCGCGCCGUUCCAGAAUCUUACGAUUAGUAACUUUGCAUUGUAAAUAUGUGUAUUAACAACGAAUUCGAUAUAUCAAGAGUAAAGUGUAGAACGCAACAAAGCCUGUAAAUCGAAUAUUACACCAUUGAGUCUUGUUUAAAUUAUUUACGAACAUUACACUUGUUAUCAAGGGGGCUGAAAGUGUUUGACUCACAGGCUUCGUUGUAUAUACGUGUCGCGUAUUGUAAAAGAAACUCUUACGCUUAAGCCAGCUAGAAUACUCGAAUACGCAGCUUUAAGCUUAGAUUAAGAUGGAAUAGAAUAAUACAGGUGAAAGAAUAAAACAGAACACAAACCGUAAAAAGCAAAGAUAGACGCGAUUAGUUUAGUCUUUAGUCUGUUUAAAUUUUGGAAUGCGAACGUGCAUAGCAAGGUGUAACGUGUAACGAACCGAUUAUUGCAAUUUGUGCGAAGUGCAAUGAAUAUAACAGUGCUCACUGCUGA